AUGGUCGCCGAGAACGAGCUCAAGUAUCUCAAACGGUGUGUGGAACUAGCACGCGAAGCACUCGAAGCAGGUGAUGCGCCCUUCGGAUCGGUCCUCGUCAACUCCAAAGGCGAAGUCCUCAAGGAAGAUCGCAAUCGCACAGUCACUGGCAAAGAUGCAACGCUUCAUCCGGAAUUCACCAUAGCCAUAUGGGCCCAACAGAACCUCAGCCCGGAGGAGCGCGCUGCCGCGACCGUCUAUACAUCGGGAGAGCAUUGUCCUCUGUGCUCGAGCGCUCACGCGUGGGUUGGUCUGGACAGGAUCGUGUAUGUCAGUUCCACCGAGCAGCUUGUAAAGUGGCGGAAGGACCUCGGUACACCUGCAGGACCAGUCGCUCCGCUUGCCAUCAACCAGGUUGCGCCGGGUCUCAAAGUCGAGGGACCCAUCGAGGGGCUGCAUCAGGAAGUUUUUGAGCUGCACAAGAAGAAACAGGAAUUGGCUGUAGCCAAGAGCGGAUGA